UGGCGGCGGGUGGUGCGGGAGUUGUUGCCAUGGCGGCCCGCGGGAGGGCCCCUGCCGACGGGACUCUCCGGCCAGCCGCUCACCACUGGGGGCUGUGAGCAGUGCUGGCGCGAGGAGGCACGGCGAGAGAGGGCUCCUCUCUUGUCUGUCCCCACGAUGCCCCAAGCCUCGGAGCACCGCGUCGGCCGGGCCAGGGACCACACUGUCGUCACCUCCCAGCCCAAGGCUGCCACCAAGUUGCCCAGCGGGCACCGGGCCCUGAGCCAGGAGCGUCAUGCUGCCGCCUUGGCCUCCGCCGCUGCUGCCAACGGGCUCUCCCCGGCCCCCAAGCUUCGCCUCCUGCCGCCCCGGCCCGGCCCGCUGGACGACCGCAGCAAGAAGCUGGAGCUGGACCGGGGUCGAGCCUCGAAACGUGGGGAAGCUCUCCGCGCUUCAGCGUGCCGGCGGGGGCCCGUGAAGGCAGACCACGCGGUGCGGGUGCCCGGCUCUCCACAGGCGGGCGCCGUGCCGGGCAGCGCCUCCUUUUCCCUGCCCACCGGGGCCUCGCUGGUGGGGCGUGAAGCAGAGCGCCGGCGGAGCAACCUGGCCCGCUCCAAAUCCAUCAGCAUCGGGGACCUGAGCCAGGGCGGCAGCCGUGCCGAGGACGUGGCAGCGGUGCUGAGCCGGCUGGUGCUGAGGGACUGUGGCCACCAGCUGAGCGCCGGCUCGCUGGUGCUCAGGAGGAGCUCCUCUCUCCGGAGGGUCAAUGUCUCUCCGGGGCUGGAUGGGAAGCCUACUGCCCCGCUGCUCUCCGUCCGGCCUGAGGGCUGCCCGAGGACUCGUACUGCCCCCGACCCCCCGUACGCCCACAGCCCCAGCGUUCCGGCACCCGGCAGCCCCGCCCUGGGCAGAGCCCCAGCACCCGGCAGGACUGAGGAGAAGGCGGCAGCUACCCAUCACACCCUGCUGCUGGGCUCAGGCCAUGUCGGUCUCAGGAACCUGGGCAACACGUGCUUCAUGAACGCCGUGCUGCAGUGCCUGAGCAGCACCAAGCCGCUGCGGGACUACUGCCUGCGCCGGGACUUCCAGCAGGAGCAGCCCCCCGGCCCCCGCGCCCCCCAGGAGCUCACCGAAGCCUUUGCCGAUGUCAUCGCUGCCCUCUGGCACCCUGACUCCUCCGAGGCUGUCAACCCCGGGCGCUUCAAGGCCGUCUUUCAGAAAUAUGUUCCCUCCUUCACUGGAUACAGCCAGCAGGAUGCACAGGAGUUCCUGAAGUUCUUCAUGGACCGGCUGCACGUGGAGAUCAACCGCAAGGGCCGCAGGACUCCCAGCAUCCUCUCAGACGCUCGGCGGACCCCCGCGCUGGAGGACCCCGAGACGUUGAGCGAUGACGAACGCGCCAACCAGAUGUGGAAGCGAUACCUGGAGAGGGAGGACAGCAAGAUUGUGGACCUCUUUGUGGGGCAGCUGAAGAGUUGCCUGAAGUGCCAGGCAUGCGGCUACCGCUCCACCACCUUUGAGGUCUUCUGCGAUCUCUCCCUGCCCAUCCCAAAGAAGAGCUUUGCCAGUGGGAAGGUCUCACUCCACGACUGCUUCAGCCUCUUCACCAAGGAGGAGGAGUUGGAUUCGGAGAACGCCCCGGUCUGUGACAAGUGCCGGCAGCGGACAAGGAGCACGAAGAAGCUGACCAUCCAGCGCUUCCCCCGCAUCCUGGUGCUCCACCUGAACCGAUUCUCCACCACCCGCUACUCCAUCAAGAAAUGCUCCGUCUUUGUGGACUUCCCCCUGCAGCAGCUCAACCUGCGGGAGUUCGCCAGCGAGAAGGCGGGCAGCCCCGUCUACAGCCUCUAUGCCCUCUGCAACCACUCGGGCAGCGUUCACUACGGCCACUACACCGCCUUCUGCCGGGACCCAGCCGGCUGGCGCGUCUACAACGACUCCCGCGUCUCGCCUAUCAGCGAGAACCAGGUACCGUCCAGCGAGGGCUACGUCCUCUUCUACGAGCUGGAGGAGCCCCCCGGCAGGAGGCCCUGAGCCGCCCCAGCCCCCCCAGCCCCUCGUGGCGGGGGGCUGCCCCCUCCCCAGGCCCCGGUCCCCCAGCCCCACGUGUCGGGGUGUGGACAGAGGGCAGGUGGCUGCAGCCCCCACUGCCCAGGUGGCACUUUUGUGAAUAAAUUUACUAAAAAAAAAAAAAUAAGCCAAAGUU